AUGAAGCAAAGUAAAAAGGUUUCUCGAACGCCGCUGCCAGUUAUUCAUCAUCAAACUCCAACGUACAAUAGCUCAGGUUCUCUAACUCCACUAACUUAUACAUCCUCAGGCUUCUUAUUUCCUAAUACUAAAUCCGAAAGGAGAAACAGUAUUUUACUUCUAAACACAGGAGAAACACUAAGCAGGACACCAAUACCAUCCGAUAUUCUCGAUUCUCAAACAUACCGAAAGCUAUCAUAUAAAAAUAGCAAAACUGAGUGCUUAUCUGAUAGGAAUUCCACAAAAAGCUUCAGCUCUACUGUUUUAAAAACAAAAUUAGACCUCGUUUUGGCACUUAGAAACCUUUUUGACGAUGAUAAAGAGCCUAAACGUACAUUAAAUAGAAUAAAAAUGAUUAUAAAAGCUCUUGAAAUUUUGUCUAAUGAAGAUGGGAAAUAUAAAGAUGAGCUUAAAAGGAUUGUUGAAGAAAUAAGAAAUGCUAUUUUCAUUAAUAAAGGAGAAGUGGAAGAAGAUGUGCUUGAAUAUGUUUAUGAAAGUUACCCAGAAACAAUAACUGAUUUAGAUGGGCUUAUUCCGUUCUUUUACCUAUAUCCUUUGAAACUAAAGAAAAAAGACACUAAAGAAUACUUCACAAUUGAAACCGUCAAUAAAAUUAAAGAAAAUUGUAAGCUUGAAAUUGAUAAAUUAAAAGAGGAAAUAGAAAAAUUAAAUGGAAAAAUUGAACUUCAUGAUAAAGAAAAUGAAAAAAUAUUAGAAGAAAAUAGCAAAUACAAAGCAGAGCUUGAUCAAAAAACAAAAGAAAAUUUUAUUUUACUCAAUAAAGUUUCGGUUUUACAGCAUGAUAUCAUAGGAUUACGUUAUAACGCUGACGAAGACAAUAGAAUAAUCGUUGACUACCAAAAAAAAAGCAAAAUAUCAGACGAACUAAUGCAGAAAUUAAAUAGCGACUACAGUGCUCUAAAUCGCAACUAUGAUGAGCUUAAAAAGACACACGACACGAUGACUCAUGGGUAUGCUACGAUUUUAUAUAAGCUUAAACAAUCAUAUGAAACCCAAGAAGAUCUUGAGAGGCAAAUUUCUGAAUUAAUCGAAAAAAAUUCAGCUCUUUCUGUUAGAGCUGCUGCUGGAUAUGAAGAAUUAACUCCAAGGCCAAACUUAGAACCGAUUUUUAGCUUCUUGGAGGUCGAAAUUCCAAAAGGUUCAACAAUCGAAAAAACUAAUGAAAUUUUAAAAGAAGUUAAAAACAAAAUUAGAAAGAGAACUCUGACGAGAAAAAAUUUGCUGAACUCUGGAAUUCGUCAGUUAAUUUCUAGAAAAAUUACAGAAACAGAUUUUGGUGGAGAUCAAAAAAAUGAUCCUCCUGUUAUACAGAUGGAGAUACCUAAAUUGGAUAACGAGUAG